GAGGCAGCGGCGGCCAUGGCGACCCCCGGCAACCUGGUGUCCUCGGUCAUGGCGAGCAAGACCAAGACGAAGAAGAAGCACUUCGUCGCGCAGAAAGUGAAGCUGUUCCGAGCCAGCGACCCGCUGCUCAGCGUUCUCAUGUGGGGGGUGAACCACUCGAUCAAUGAACUGAGCCAUGUCCAAAUCCCUGUGAUGCUGAUGCCAGACGAUUUCAAAGCAUAUUCCAAGAUCAAGGUGGACAAUCACCUUUUUAACAAAGAAAACAUGCCCAGUCAUUUCAAAUUUAAGGAGUAUUGCCCAAUGGUUUUCCGCAACCUGCGAGAAAGGUUUGGAAUUGAUGAUCAGGAUUUUCAGAAUUCCUUGACCAGAAGUGCACCACUUCCGAAUGACUCCCAGGCACGCAGUGGAGCACGAUUUCAUACUUCCUAUGACAAAAGAUACGUCAUCAAAACAAUUACAAGUGAAGAUGUGGCUGAAAUGCACAACAUUCUCAAGAAGUAUCACCAGUACAUUGUGGAAUGUCACGGAGUUACCCUUCUUCCUCAGUUUUUGGGCAUGUACCGGCUUAAUGUUGAUGGAGUGGAAAUAUAUGUGAUCGUUACAAGAAACGUGUUCAGCCACCGUUUAUCUGUUUAUAGGAAAUAUGAUUUAAAGGGGUCCACUGUGGCCAGAGAAGCUAGCGACAAAGAAAAGGCCAAAGAAUUGCCAACUUUAAAGGACAACGAUUUCAUCAAUGACGGCCAAAAGAUUUAUAUCGACGACAACAACAAAAAGAUGUUUCUUGAGAAACUUAAAAAGGAUGUGGAGUUUCUUGCCCAGCUCAAGCUCAUGGACUACAGCUUGCUGGUUGGAAUCCAUGAUGUUGAGAGAGCAGAGCAGGAAGAGGUUGAGUGUGAAGAAAACGAUGGUGAGGAGGAAGGGGAAAGUGAUGGCACCCACCCUAUUGGAACUCCUCCAGACAGUCCAGGAAAUACACUCAACAGCUCACCGCCUUUGGCUCCUGGGGAAUUUGAUCCAAACAUUGAUGUCUAUGGAAUAAAAUGCCAUGAAAAUGCACCUAGGAAAGAGGUAUAUUUUAUGGCCAUUAUUGACAUUCUUACUCAUUAUGAUGCAAAAAAGAAAGCUGCCCAUGCCGCAAAAACUGUUAAACAUGGUGCUGGCGCAGAGAUCUCGACCGUGAACCCCGAACAGUAUUCAAAGCGCUUCUUGGACUUUAUUGGCCACAUUUUGACGUAACCUCCCAUGUGGCCCGGGGGAUGGACAGACAUGAGAUGUGGGAACACAGCAGAGCUGGCUUCAGUUAAGGAAAAAAAAAAUGGAAAUGGAACUCGGUGACAUGCUCCUCUUGCAGAAAAGCGAGCCUCCUCAAGUUUCCCUCCUCAGGCCACGCCGACGGACUUGGGGGCGACUUGCUCUAACAGCUACCUGAUACUUCCCAGCAUAGCUCUAGCGACUUCUGACUUUGUGCGUGCGUGUGCGUGUGUGUGUGCGCGUGCGUGUGUGCAUUAAAAGAAUUAAAACAUAAUUAAUUAAUUAAAAUAGAUUAGCUUAACUCAGAGCCAGUCGCAGUGGCGACUCUCUGACACAGCUAGCUGUGCUGGAGUGAAUGAAUGAAUGAACAAGUGGGAUGGGGAGAUUCCGUGCAUGUCCUACCGGCCGUGUUGGCGUCAAACUGUAAACUGUGGAUCAGUUUAUUUUUUGAGUUGAAAGACAUGACAGUAUUCGUAAUAAUAAUGAUGAUAAUAAUAAUGAUGAAGAUGAUGAUUUAAAAAAAAAACCCUUACUGCGAAUGUUACACUUGUGCUCCGCACGCUGGCACUCCUUCAUAACUGCAGCAUUAACCCUUGGCACCAGGCGGGCGGCGAGCUGCCCUUGUCUUUGCCUUUGCACUGUUUUGCCUCAAGUACAUCAUGUCAGAACUUCCAGCGCCAAGGAGUUACUUUCUGUCUUCUAACGGGAGGCCGAUGCCAUGGUUGCUCUGUCGGUUACAUUUUCACCUCAGUAAAUUAUGUCAAGGAAAAAUGCUUAUUCUCUUUUAUUGCCUGGAGCUUCUCCAUUGUUACACUCUUCUAUUGCAACAUAGGAAUUAAUGCUACAUGGAAAAAAAAUAGCUUAGGGUGGGGGGCUGCAUAGUUUUGGGCAAUAGUAUCUACAUCUUCCAACGUGAGGGAGGGGAUGAGCAAAGUACUAGAAAUCUCAAUUCUCCUGCUCUAGAAGGAAAAAAAGAAAUCUGAAAUUUUAAAAUGCUUCUGUUUUUAAGCACUGUUUAAGCAGUGGCAUUUUAUUAUAAAUUAUCCCUUUCAUGGAAACCUUCAAUUUUACUGUUUACAUUAUUAGGAAAACAGGGAUACUUUUGAAUCUAAAAUUUUAUGUACAGUAUGUGAUUUUUUGAAGUUUACAUGUAAAGUUAUUUUGCAGCAUAGAUGAAACAAUGUUUGCAUUUCUUGAAGUGUAUCAUACGGCGAUGUACCAGAACAGAAACUUUCUUCCAAGUCCACAGUAGAUAAGUCUUUUACAAUAAACUAAAAAAGGCCAUUCUGUUUUUGUUUCCUCCAAAUGUUCUUUUAUCAACUGAAUGAUUUUUUUUCAAAUGUUUACCCCAAAUCUGGUUGUAUAAAUGCAUUGCCUAAAACUGUGCUGAUUGCAUUUAAUCAUGUUAAAACAUUUUCCAACAUCGAUCAUGUUUCUACCAGCUUCCCUACAUCAUCUGAAAGGCGCCAAGCCAAAAAGAAUCAGGUUUGCUUAGAGUAUGUUAUUAGCUCAUACACUGUGCUGAAGCUGUGCCUUUAAAACUCUUUGUUUAAGUCAAGAUGAUUUGGGGGGGGGGGGAAGGGGGCCGAAUCACACCCUCCAACAAUUACUUAGAAGGAAAACAAACCCCAGCCUGGCAGGAUGCCUCUUCCAGUAAUGUUAACGUCAGAGCUGUUCGGACUACAACUGGGCACGGUGUAUGUAGUAUUUACUUCAGCGAAACGUUGAAAGAGCCGAAAUCACAGUAUCUCCAGAAGCCAGAGGCAGCGCCAUCCCCAUCGCAGCGUACUUACUGAUGAUUUUUACCUAGUUUUGUUACCCUCAUAGGAGGAAGUUAACACCACUGUAAUAUAACUGUACAAAUCUGUAUUUUAUGUAUUUAAAUGAAUGGAUACUGUGAUUAAGAUCCUUAUUCUGGCAUCAUAACCAUUUCAUUUUCUUGUUUAAAAAUCCACUAUGGUUACCCAUGGUAGGAUACUGCAAAGAGAGACCCUGAAGUUUAGAUGAGGUACCCGGACAUCAUUUGAAUAGCUUUUCUUCAUUGUGGCCAACAUGUUUAUGCUUUUUAGAAGUUUACAAAAACGCAUCUUUUUUUUCUUUUUUCUUCUUUUUUUCUUUUUUUUUGGUCUAUAACAGUCUUUGUCCUUCAUUGCUGUCAAUAAAGUGUUUAUAUGGACAGGGUAAGGAAGUGCACAUUGUAUUGCUCCAGACAAGAGCAAGGCUUUAUACAAUAAAGCACUUUGAUGACUCACAA